UCUGAUGCGUGCUAUCGGUGUGAGCGGGAAUAUCCACAGAUAAGAUAAAUUAAUUUAACUAUAAUAUUUUCAUAAUUAGUGCAACGGUAGAAGUUAGUUUGCAAUCAUGUUGUAUAUUUCCUUCCUAAUAUUAGCUACAUUAGUUACCGGACCUUUUGCAACAGAUAAUACAACCAAUGUGUUUCCAUCCGCUGCAGCAAAUAUCUCUCAAAACUCUUCUAUAGAAAAUUCAACAGUUUCAAAAGAAUAUAACACAGACGAUCAGUUUCCAUCAACUACAGAAAAUAAUUUCGAAAACUCAACAACAGAAAUUUCAUCACUUUCAGAAAAAUAUAAAUUAAUUAUUGAAUUUUCAACAACUAUAGAAAAUAUUUCCGAAAAUUCUACAGCGGAAAUUUCGACAUCUUCUGAAGAAAGUGAAUUAAAUAGUACAUAUUCAAUAACCACAGGAAAUAUUUCUGAAAAUUUCACACUAGAAAAUUCGACUUCUUCAGAAGAAGAUAAAUUAAGUACUGAAAUUUUAACAACUACAGAAAAUAUUUCUGAAAAUUCUACACAAGAAAAUUCGACAUAUUCAGAAGAAU